AUGUCUCACGAAGUGAUCCUGCACAAGCAGGGUCCGCUCUCGCGUCUCAGCAAGUCCCAGCUGCUGCAGACGAGCAUCCCGUCGAGCAUCGAUGUCCUCAUCGGCCACGAGGACGAGGUGCCCGUGACACUGCGGAUCAGCGGGCAGCUCCUCCUCGGUCUCGCGCGCAUCUACUCGCGCAAGGCCAAGUACCUCCAGGACGACUGCUCCGAUGCGCUCCUGCGCAUCAAGGUCGCAUUCCGCGGCACCGCCGUCGUCGACCUCUCCCAGGAGCAGCUGCACGGCGCCCGGGCGGCGAUCACGCUGCCCGACGUGUACACGCCCAUGGACCUGCUCCUCCCUGAGCCGGCGCUCGACCAGUGGGGCGUGCGCCCUGCCGCACACGCGCGCCAGCUCGCGCGCCCCGCGGACAUUACGUUGCCUGACGCGCACUGGGCCAUGGACGAGCCGCUGCCGCCCUUAGGGCCAUCGAGCGACGCGCUGGGCGACGUUUCCACGACCGGCUUUGACCUCGGCCUCGUUGAUGACAGUCCCCGCCUGUCGCGUCCGCGCGCACCGCCGACCAAGCGCGUGCGCCAUGAUACCCAUCGCGACACGACACAGCAUACCUUGCCCAUGGACGAGGCACCGGGCGCUGACGACUCGCUCGCCAGCAUCGGUGUGGCACGCCAUGCACCGCCGGCCGGAAGCACGGCCGAUCAUGUCCACGCGCUCGUUGGCGAUCUGGAUCUGAGCGCCGACCUCUCGCUCGAUCCACUGCCGGACCUGUCCUCCACGGCGCCUCUGGACCUUCCGCCGCUGCCCCUAGACCCUGGGCGCCUGGACGGCACGCCGCCGCCGCUUUUGCCACCAGCGACGGACACACACUCGACUCCUGCGCCAGGGCGUCGGGACUUGACGCUGGACGACGUGGCGCAGGCCCAGCUCACGCCUCAGACAGCCGCCAAGCUGCGCUCGGCGGCCGAGCAGCGCGCGGCCGAUGCGGCGCCGCGCACAACACGAAAGCGCCCCAUCCAGGACGACGUGACGGAAAUGUACCCGGCGCGUGCGCGCUCCCUGCAGGCGCGGGCAGCGCAGGUGGCCGCGACGCUGGCCCCCACGACGCACCAGCAGCACUGCCUGCCGUCAUCGCGUGUGCAGCUCGCACUGCGCGCGGCGCAAGCACGCGGCGCGCAGCCCGUGCUCGCGCGAGCUCUCAGCAUGACGUGGGGCGCCAUGGUGCGUGACCUGCCGGUCUUCGGGCCCGCUGCGCCAGACGCACGGCAUGCAGUGCUGGCCCGCAGUGCCGUGACGCCACAAAAAGAGAUGCAACAGUGGCUGCAGCGUCUCCACGAACAGACGCAGGCGCUGCGCAUGGACGACGAGUUUCCGCUCGAGGUCGGUCGCCGCGCCAGUGAGGCGCCAGCGUGGCUGGAGCCACCACCCAUGCCCGACAUCGAGAUGGCCAAGCCCCAGGACGACAGCUUUGAUGUGUCGCAUGCUACGGAGGCACCGCUCGAUACCACCGGCCCCGAGGUCGACCUGCCUGACAUGGAUGCCGACAUGCCCGAGGCGGAGGCUGCGCCGCCUCAGCCGGCGCCGCGCCGCUCGUCGCGGCACCGCCGCUCGAGUGUGGACGUGACGGGCCGCCCUGCUCCGCUCGAGCGCAUGCCGACGCCCGAGCUCGACACGGCCGACGUGCUGGUGGAUGUGCCGCCGACCUACCCGCUGCAGGCGUUUGACACGCGUGCGCCCGACACGGCCACCGACACGGAUGCAGUGCAUGUGCGUACGCGCCGCGCCGCGCAUGUGCUGCGCACGACCAUGUCGUCGGAGCGCGUAUCGUUCCAUGAUCUCGACGCUCAAGCAACGCGUCGUGCGGCGGCCGGCUUCUUCUUCGAGCUGCUCGCCCUCGGCACGCGCGACUGUGUGCGCUUGCACCAGACACACGCCUACGGCGACAUUCACAUCGAGGCCAAGCCAGCCCUCUACAACCUAUAG